CAGGUCUGGAGAUGUCGGUGCCGUCUCCGCGCUCCCGGCGGCGGAGCGUAAACUUUUUUGUCUCCUCACAGGAAACGACUAAAAGGACAAAAAUGUCCAGCAGAAGGCUUUACUGAUUUUUCAGAAACCACUGGCCUGUGAAAAGACAAAGAGUCAGAAAAGCUCUCAGGCAGGAGAAAGCCCUGUAUGAUACGAUGAGCGCCCAUCUGUAAUUGAGCUUGGGCACUUUUCCCCCUCGACGAGUUGCCAUCUACAGGAGCUGUGGGAGCCAGAGUUGCCAUGGAGACAGUGGUGAUUGUGGCAAUCGGGGUAUUGGCCACCAUAUUCCUGGCGUCCUUCGUUGCCCUGGUGGUGGUGUGCCGACACCGCUACUGCCACCCGCACGACUUGCUACACCACUUCGACUCAAAGCCCACAGUGGAUCUGAUUGGAGCCAUGGAGACUCAGAGCGAACCUUCUGAGCUGGAGCUGGAUGAUGUAGUCAUCACUAACCCUCACAUUGAAGCAAUCUUAGAGAAUGAGGACUGGAUAGAGGAUGCCUCUGGUUUGGUGUCUCACUGUAUCUCUAUCCUGAAGAUCUGCCACACUUUGACUGAAAAGCUGGUUGCGAUGACGAUGGGCUCAGGGGCAAAAGUUAAAGCACCAGCCAGCCUGAGUGAUAUUAUCACUGUGGCUAAGCGGAUCAGCCCAAGGGUGGAUGACGUAGUCAGAUCUAUGUACCCUCCCCUGGAUCCAAUCCUCUUGGAUGCCAGGGCCACCGCUCUCCUCCUUUCUGUCAGCCACCUGGUCCUGGUCACCCGCAACGCCUGUCACAUGUCCGGCAGUUUAGACUGGAUCGACCAGUCACUCCAUGCGGCGGAAGAUCACAUGGUGGUUUUGCGAGAAGCAGCACUAGCUUCUGAACCAGAACGAUGCAUACCUGUAGCUGAUGCUCAGAGAGAACAGGCCAUCUAAAGCAAACCACCUGGUUCGUCUGAAGAGUCAAAAAGGCACACUACCCAAACUCAUUAUUCAUUCCAGAUAAAAGGUUGUGAUCAUAGAUGCAAGGACCAUGAAAUAUUUUUAAAGUAACUUUACUACACCUACACACCUACCCUACUACACCUGCAUAGUGAUAUUUUCAAAGUAGAUCUCUCAGGCUGACACACAGACAUUUUUAUGUAACCCUACAGCAGAUAUUUUUACAGCAGAAUGUCUUUGGAAAUGUCUUUGAGUGUGCCAUCACUGAGUGGUAGGCCUAAAUCCAGCCUAACUAGGUCUGCAUAGUCACAUGGUGGCUUAGUCAGCUAAUCUAUUUUGAGGAAAAUAAUACCCAUUAGCCAGUGAACCCAAACUGGGUGAAUUGAAGACUAACCCGAGAUGGUUCCAAUUUUGGAGGUCAGCUAGUCGUGGAGGUUUUUUGUUUUGUUUUUUUUUAAAUUCCUCAGAUACUCUUAUGCUGUUAAAAAUCACCCAACUGUGAAUUUUCUAAGAUCAGCAGCAAAGGAUUUAGAUAUUAUUACCACAGAAAAAGAUUCUUCUAGUUGUGUUUCUUCCUCUUGAAAGUUUCUAGCCACACUGGCAAAUAUUAAUAUAAAUUCAGAUAUUGCAAUGCUGGUCUUACAAUUAAGCUCUCAGUACUUUGUUUGGCAAAAAAGAAACAUGUACAGACAUAUUGUAGAAGACCCCAAACAAUGUUUUAAUUCUUUGACUUAUUCUUGAGAGAUUCCUCAACAACUUACCAUGAAAGUUGGUAUAAGAUGAUUAUCAAACACAGGCCAAGAAUGGCUGAUUUCAAGCCAGCCCACUAUUGCGGUCUGUUUGUCUAUUAUACAUAUAUUAGCAAAUCUUGCAUAGGACAUGAUGUUUAAGGUUGUUGUUACAGUUGCUGCACAUAUGCACAUCACUUUGCAUUGUUCAGUGUCGGACUCAAUCUCGUCGGUUGUCAUUUAGGAACCUUAUUUUCUGUGGAAGUUGUUGUUGACGUAGAGCCAUAUUGUAAAAUAUAAAUUACUCUAGAUGGGGAAAAAAUCUUAGCCUAAUUAGCAAAGAUUAGCAUGCUAUUAUUAGCAUGUUAGCAUUUUCUCUCCAGUGACUCUGGACUUUGUCAUUGCUAGACAGUAAGUCAAGAAAUGCCGACAACAAAAUGAAGAAAAAAAAAAGUGUUUCGAACGCAGCCACAUUAUGCUAAAUAUUAGCAUGCUAGCAUUGUCAAUGUGAUCAUGUUAACAAAAUACUAGGGGUUCUUUUUGUUUGCUACUCUUGUUUCUGUUUUGUUUUAGGGUCUUUUUUUGGUUUUUUUAUGUCAGGUUGGACAAUGAACCAACCUGAGAGUGAUAUCUUAAAAACAAAUAACAAAAAAUUGCUGUAGCAUCAGUUUCUGUGUAUACUACAAAAAAAGAAAAAAGAAAAACACAAACAGUGGGUAGACUGACACAUUCACAUCAAAAUUUGUUAAGCAGUACAUGUGUUACAUAGAUUGUUUUUCCUUUAAUAAAUAAUGGGCUUCCAUGCAUCAUUGAGAGAUACAGUAUGUCUUUGUGUACUGCUGUGUUAUGAGGAUGUUUGGAACAGUGUGUUGAUUGAGGUGAAACUGAAUUAGCGUGUUGCUUUGAGCUAAAGGGACGUUAUUGGAGCAUGUCUACCUGUCCCUUCAUGCAUAGCUAAUAGUGAAUCCCCAAGGAGCCUUAAUAAGGCAUCGCUCCCAGCCACAAUGAGCACAUUGGCCACAGCUACAAUACACAUGGCACAAAGCUUUGUGCACACAAGGCUUCCAGAGAAAUGAACACAUCAGUGUGACACAUGAUUGUAAAGUACACGUCACAGAUUACAAUGCCAUACACUCUUAUUUCAAGGUUCUUGGGGCAAUCGUUAUGUAGGGAAGGAGAAUCAAAAUUGAGGAAAAACUGCAGCUCAGAACAUUUUGAUGGAAAGAUAUUGAUCAAGGAGGAAACAUUUAGGAAGUGGUUAGCCUUUUUUUUUGUCUGUUUACAUUGUUUAUUAGCAUUAAUCUUUUUUGUAAGCACUCCUAUGUUUUCUUUCCAAUGUUUGUUACUGAUGUCUUUAUUUUACUCCCAUAUAACCUUUUUUAUUAUCUUUCACUGAUUUGUACAGACAGUAAAAAAGUUUUUUUUUCUCUCAACCAUUUGGUAGCUUUAAAGAAUGUCCAAUAAAAAGUCCACACACUAAUUUGACAUAAAUAAAAGUGAUCUCUUUGUA